AGAACAUCUACGCACGGUCACUUUUUUUCUUUUUUUAAAUCCAAGUUUACACAUCUUACACGCGCGCAUAGCUUCGUCCACCUUAAUGUUAUGAGUCCAGAAUGAACAACACAGAAGACAGUGGUAACAAGUGCUCGCCGGCCCCAAUCUCUAGUUUCACUAUUCAGUCAAUUCUGGGUACCACAUCCGAUGGCGCGCGAUCGGGUACCAAGGAGAAUUCCACCGGAAUCCUGCGCGGGAGACGCACGCUGUCCGUAUCCUCCGAGGAGGACUGCAGCGGCGAAGAUUCGUCACAUUGCUUCUGUUCUGAGCCCGGGCACGGCGACCCAUGCAACCAACACCAACCCCUUAACUUUUCCACUCCAAACGCCUCAAAGGGAAUUACAUCGGAGCAAGACGGGACAGAGCGACGGCAGCAUUUAGCACAGCCACUGCUUCAGGAUUACAAAGACGAACAAGACAGACCAUGCAACCAAAUGUCACCUAUUUCCGAGGAGCGGCAAAGAGACGGAACAGAUAAGCAGGGCAACUCCGCAAAGAAGAAAACUCGCACAGUGUUCUCCCGGAGUCAAGUGUACCAGCUGGAGUCCACAUUCGACAUGAAAAGGUACUUGAGUAGCUCCGAACGGGCCUGUCUCGCUUCCAGUCUGCAGCUCACAGAGACACAGGUGAAAACGUGGUUUCAAAACCGAAGGAAUAAAUGGAAACGGCAGCUCUCAGCUGAACUGGAAGCGGCCAACAUGGCACACGCAUCUGCACAGACUCUAGUUGGGAUGCCGCUUGUUUUUAGGGAUAAUUCCUUGUUACGGGUUCCGGUUCCGAGGUCCAUUGCCUUCCCAACGCCUCUGUAUUACCCGGGAAGCAACUUACCAGCGUUACCAUUGUACAAUCUUUACAACAAGAUUGAAUACUGACCUCAAACUCAUGGCAAAAGUCAACAUCAAACCUAUAAAAACCUACAAUACUCGCAUAAAAUUGUUUGGCAAAUAGCCUAUAUGUCUAUUUAUAUCACCGUAUUUGUUGAAGACAUAUUUCUUAUUAUGCAGCAACUGUAUGUGCAAAUAAGAAAGCAUCGUGCUUCUUUAAAUGUAUUAAAUACACCAUGUGUAUACGAAUUUUGUACUUUUUUAUUUAGUGUUUUCUCCCUUGUUUAACCGAUUUUACACGUUAUAUGGAGAAAUUUUCCGUUGUUAUACCGAUGUAAUCAGCUCUUUCUUCACCCUGGCCCAUCUAUUUGAAAAAUGAGCCUAAAAUAAAAGUGCACAGAAUACAUCGGAUCACUAGUUAAAGGAGAAAAAAAUAAUGCAUCUUGCCUUGAAAGAUGAUCUGACAAAUCUAUAAAAUUCUCCUGAGUGGCUGAGCAAAAACGAAAAGAAUUACUGUUUUGAUCAAGCA